AUGGGAUUCUAUGUGCCACAUGAAAACUUGGAAAGUUUGAAAGCCUACCAUUUGAAUCAAGAAUCUCCUCGUUGGACAUACAUCUCCUAUGCUGUAGGCUUGUUUUUGUAUCAAUUGUUCGAUGCUUGUGAUGGUAUGCAUGCUCGUCGUACUGGCCAGUCUGGUCCAUUAGGUGAGUUGUUUGACCAUUGUAUCGACUCUUUGAAUACGACCCUUUCGUUGUUCCCCUUCUGCUCUGCCGUCGGUAUUAGUUACAACUACAUGAUGGUCAUCACACAACUGGCCUGCUUGUGCAACUUCUACUUGAGUACUUGGGAAGAAUAUCAUACUCAUAAACUGUUUUUGAGUGAAUUCUCGGGUCCAGUGGAAGGUAUUCUAAUGAUUUGCAUCGGUUAUAUCUUAACCGGUAUAUAUGGCCCACAAAAGAUCUGGCACACUGAAUUGACCACCUUCGAUUUCAAUGGAUACCAUUUUAAAGUGGAAUCUUUGGACAUAAUGUUGGUCUUUUCCGGUAUUGGUUUGAUGUUCAAUGUUUUAUCCGCUAGGCAAAACGUUAUAGACUACUAUAAUGAACAGCCAAAGGCUCAAGAAAUUGUUGGAAAGAAGGUGAAAGGUCACAGUCCCCAGUGUGAGGCUAUGAAGGGUUUGCUGCCAUUCUUCUCAUAUUACAUUUCUGUGUUUUCCCUAGUUAUCAUUGAACCUGACUUUAUCAGCUUUCCCUUUGUUUUAUCAACCGGAUUUGCGAUGGCUUUCGUUGUAGGACGUAUUAUUACCGCCCACUUGACCAAGCAACCUUUCCCCAUGGUCAAUGCACCAAUGUUAGUCCCAUCAGCUCAAUUGGUCCUAUAUGUUCUGGUUGUCAAUUUGUUAGGCUAUGAAAAAUCGACUGUCAUCAAUGCAUUGCUAUGGACUGGUUGUGGCUUGACAUUGGGUAUUCAUGGAACCUUUAUCAACGAUAUCAUCUACGAUUUUACUAGUUACUUAGAUAUCUAUGCUUUGUCUAUUAAGCACCAUAAGGUUGCUUGA